UAGUUUCUGACGGAUGGGAGCGCAUGCGCAUAUGACGCGAGGUAUAUGCCCUGAACGAAAACAAACAGUACGCCAAGAAUACGGGAUUAUAUUGAAUGGAGUUUUAAUUUAUUGUGAAUGUUACCGGUGGUUUAACACAACGAUUGGAAUAUAGGAGUCAUCUGGGAAUAUGAAGCGGCGAAAUGCCGAUUGUGGAAAAAUUAGAAGGCCAGUGAAAAGAACUAAAAUUGCAGAGGGCUUGUAUGGAAGUACUUUUCUGUAUGUGAAAUUCUUAGUUGUCUGGGCCUUGGUGCUGUUGGCUGACUUCAUUCUGGAGUUUCGCUUUGAGUACCUGUGGCCCUUUUGGCUUUUGCUACGCAGUGUGUACGAUUCUUUUAAAUACCAGGGGCUGGCUUUUUCAGUUUUCUUUGUUUUUAUUGCAUUCACCUCAGACAUGAUUUGUUUUCUUUUUAUCCCUGUUCAUUGGCUGUUUUUUGCAGCAAGCACAUACGUUUGGGUUCAGUAUGUGUGGCACACAGAGAGGGGAAUUUGUCUUCCUACCAUCUCUCUAUGGUUACUUUUUGUAUAUAUUGAAGCUUCAGUGCGGCUCAAAGAACUUAAAAAUUUGCCAUUUCAUUUAGAUCUUUGUAGGCCGUUUGCAGCACACUGCAUAGGGUAUCCAGUUGUUACUCUUGGAUUUGGUUUCAAAAGUUACGUUGGAUACAGAAUGAGGCUUAGAAAACAAAAAGAAGUUGCCAAAGAAAAUGAAUUUUACUUUCAAUUAAUACAACAAGCAUUGCCUGCUGAAGCACCCAGCAUAGCAAGCACGUGUGUGCAAGAUAAAGAAAAAGCUUCCAAAGCAACAGAGGAAAUAAUCUCUAACGGCCAUUGUGUAACAGCAAAUCAUGGCCAUGGAAGAAAAAGCAUCUGUAGUGGAAACAAUAUCAGUAAUAGUUCAAAUAGUCAAAACAGUUUAACAACACUAUCUCUCACAAACAGCGUGGAUAGUAAAAUCGCAUCAUACACAGAACUGGACUGUCGUGAAUCGCGGAAACACAAUACAAACUCCACGGCUGUAGACAAGCACGAUUAUCAAUAUAUGGAAACACAGCUCAUAAAAACUAGUGUUAAUGACUUUGAUGAGAGUGAUGAGAGCUGUGAACGCGAAAAGGGAACUCUUAAGAGCAAUGGUGUUGCCUGCUUUGUGACGACUGGCUCGUCCCAAAGUCGUGGGAAACUGAACCAUAAUAGUGUUAAAGACAAUCUAUCUACGACAACUCUUCAUAUGGGGAAUUCCAAGAAAAGCCGUAAUUCAUCUAAAGAAAUUAUAGCAAACAAUUGCAGUUCUCCUAAAGAUGAUCAUACAUAUAGACUUGAAGCUGAUAUAAAGAGGCUGAAAUCUGAUCUGCAAACGAGUAGGCAGUCGGAACAAGACCUCAGAAGUCAGAUUCAUAGCAUUUCUGUUGGUGAACGUUCUGUAAAAACUGAACUUUUGCAGUUGCAGCAAGAUAAUGAAACUCUUAAUCAUAAAUUGCAUAGUCUUGCUGCAGCUCGACAACAAGACAAGCAGACAAUUUCUUCGCUUGAAAAACGACUGCAAGAGGAAAGAAAGAUGAGAACACUAUGUGAAAGCCAACUUGCAGCUGAAAGAAAAGCAAAGAAAGCUGAAGAAGCUGCGGCAGCCCGUGCGGUUGCAAUGGCAUCUGCAAGAACGGAAUGCACAGAAAAUUGUAAAUCUCGACGAAGGGAACUAGAAAAUGAAACAAAACAGCUACGGCGAGAUUUAAAGCUUCGGGAUGAAAAACUCCAGCAGUUAGAAAGACAAGCACAGUCUUUGUCCUCAUACCAGGAAAACAUCGGAAGUACGCAAGCUUUGGUUUCUGCUCUGAAUGCUAUGGAAGAGAAAAAUGCUCGUCUUGAAACUAGUCUUAGUGCAGAGACAAGACUGAAAUUAGAUCUCUUCUCAGCAUUAGGAGAAGCUAAGCGUCAGCUGGAAAUCGCACAAACUCUGCUGGCACAGAAGGACAAAGAAAUUGACGAACUAAAAUCCAAGAUUGCCGAAGUAAUGGCUGUAAUGCCUGUUACAUCCAGUCCUAACUGUUAUUCCCCUAAUCAACCAGCCAUCAGUCUCGCCUCUGGAAUAGUUUCCUCUCUCCUGUACUCUCCCAAGUACAUGGGUGAGGAAAAAGUCGCCAAAUCUAAUCUGGAUCCUAACGCUUCCGUGUAUACACCGAAAGUCUCACGCCUCACCUCUGAAUCGGAAAUCUAAAACGACCACCAAGACAAACUGGUUUGGAAGAACUCAUUCUAUGAAAAUUAAAAUUAAUUAAUUAAUAAAGAAAAGGACUUUUUUUUCCUCCUCCAAUGGCUGUUGUACUUCAUUUUUGAUGAAAAUUUCAAACGAACUUUGUUUAAAAAUUUCAAAAAAAAAUUUGAAAAUCUCUUCAACUGUUUUACUGACGUUUUAAACAAAGAAGAAAAAAAAAAUUUUUUUUUGUGUCUAUGUUUGAGCUUGAACGACUGUGUGUAGCUUAUGCAAUUUUAUAUUUUUUUCCCACUUGAAAUUUAUGAUAAAUUUAAAUCGCUGUGAUUUUCACCCAUUUUCCUUAAAAUCUACUCAAUAGAUAAAAAUUGAAUAAAUGAUUUUUUUUAAUAAAAAGACCACCCACAUAAGCUAUGUUUUUGUGUGGUGUAAAUCUGCAAUGCCAAUUUUCUGUUCCCCUUUGCACUUAUGCUCAAAUUUUAUCAAUCUCCCUACCCUUUUAUCCUUUAUAUGCUAGUAGCAUAGCUGCCAACUUUGGAUACUAUUGAUAUUCAUGUUAGAAUGUUUUCGUAAACUGUUUAUUUUUAUUGCAAUAAUCUGCAAUUAGCAGAGUAACUUUCUUGAAUUAAAUGCUUUUAAGGCAAUGAUUUUGAAUUUAAAAUCUUGAGUUGAAAUUAUCAAUUGAAAUUUUAUCAAAUUUUAGUUUAUCUUAAGUGAAAUCUUUUACUGGAAAAAUUUUGUGUUAAAAAUACUUGAGAUAUUAGUCGUGGAAUUAUAAGAUAAUUUCCUCCUGAGAAGAAUUUGUAAUUAAAAACUCUUUUGGUAAAUAAUUAUUUGGGGUAAGUGCCAUACUAAAAAGAAAUUUUAACUAAAAAUUCUUUUGAUUUUUAAUUAAAAAUGUUAAUAAAGGAAUCGGUGUAAAUUCCGUGCUGAAAUGUCAUUUUUGUUUAAAAUGCUGUUAAGAUUUUAGUAUAAGAACUAUCAUAUGUAAACUUCAUACUAAAAAAAAUUUAUUACGAUAUAUAAAAAUUUCAGUCUUAAAUUGCUGUCUACAUCAAUAUUUUGGAAAUUAUGCCCUUAAUAUUAAUUUUUUUUUAUUGUUAAAUGUAAAAAUUUUAAAAAUCUGAAAUAUUUUUAAAAAGGCUUUUAAAUUUGUUUUAUUCUAACUAUUUGUAAAUUUAAAUUCUAGCUUUUAUAAAAUAACAUUGCAAUGUUUGAAGUAAAUCUAAAAAUGUAUUAAAAACAGUUUAAAUGUUUUAUAUUUGUCCGUGUAUGCAUAUUUCGGUCAAAUCUGAAAUUGAAUUAUUUUACACUUUCCCUAAACAUUGUAUGGAAGGCCUGUAAACUAUUCAUUGGUCCUUCUGUAAAAUGCUUAGGUGUAGUGUGAAAUAUUAAUAAUUUCAUACUUGGCCUGUCGAUAUCAGGCAUUCUAUAUAAUGUUGGAUUUCAUACACCGACAGUAACGUAUUCUUUAUAUUUUUUACCAGUAAACAUUUUGUCACUGGGAAACUGAAUUUAACAAACUUAGUAAUAAUUUGAUGUUAAACUGUGAUUUAGUUUUGUGUAAAAAUCCUUGUCAAUUUAUAUUGUUUAAUCAAAUGUUUUGUAAAAAUUACAAUUUAGAUUUGAUUGAUUCUUCCCAAGUUAGCAGUUAUGAAGUAGCUUUUCUUUUCAAAACUGGAUAAAGACAUUAAACUGAUUUUUAUCACUCUUUAUAGAUCUGUCAAAACUUAUAAUCAAACCCAGUGAAAUAAUAAUUUUUUUCCCCUUCUUAAUCCUGUGUUUUAUUUUUCCAAUUGAGAUUUGGAAUUUGUAAAUUUUUUUUUAAUCACCUGUAGAGAGAGAGAGAGUUACCGAGUGACAGCACAGCAACCUAGUCUUUAUUUGGAACUUUUUAUUUUAAUUAUGUCUUGCAAGAUUGCACAAUAUUCUAUUAUGUUCUUGUUUUAUUUUUUUUUUUAAUUAAAAAGGCAAAUCAAUGAAACAAAUUGAUUUUUCCACUAAUUAUUUCACUGGGUGUCUUGUAACUGUUUGUAUAUGCUAGUAGCACAUUUUUGUGUGAUUGCUCAGUGGAACAUUCUGAAAGAUUUUAUUAUUAUUUUUUAAUAUUAUUAGCAGAUGAGGAUACAAAAAAAAAUGAAUUAUGAAAAGUAUCUUUCCUUUUUAUUUUUAUUUUGGACACCUGGGUGGUCCUGGCUUCUCUUUAUUUGCUCAUAAUUUUGCUAAAUAAUGUAGCCCCUUUAAAACAUUUUUUUUUACAUGUCAUUUGCCAUCUGUAUUUGUCGUUUGUUUUUAAUUUUUGCAGUGAUUAACUGUGAAAAUGUAAUGCAGCGAGAUGAAGUGAGCUUUUUCAGUUGAUGUACCACUGUGCAGUGGAGUUCAUUAGACAUGAAUGUAUGGAUAAUUAAAGGAAAAGUCUUUCAUUGAAAACCUA